AUGGCGCCACCGGCUGUGGAGUCGCAUUGGACGCCGCUGCUCGUAGCCUCCGUGUUACAGGGACGAUUUCGCGUGUCGACCAAGCUCAUCCAUGGAGACAAUAGUUCUUACAUUUCUCUCGUUGUACCAACUUGCUCCAGGUGUGAGAUAUCUCGAGAAGGCAGUACGCACUGGACGCACUGGACGAGCGAGCGCAGCUCAUCCAGAAUGCUGCACACCUCCGUCGAGUCCUUCGAGUUCUUCCCGGUGUCUUCGGUUGCAAAGACAGCGGGCGAUGGAAAGACGCUCAAAGGCACGGUGGUCUGCUACGAUGGCCAAAUGGACGAUGCUCGCGUCAACGUUUCUCUGGCUUGCACGGCGGCGCUGGCGGGAGCAGCAGUGCUCAACCACGCCGAGGCAACCGCGAUCAUCAAGGAUGGAUCCACUGGCCAAGUCGUGGGUGCUCGAGUCCGGGACAAUCUUAGCGGCAUGGAAUUUGACGUCCAUGCAAAGGUCGUGAUGAAUGCCGGGGGACCUUUUGUGGACGAGCUGAGAAGAUUUGCGGACAAGGAGUCCAAGCCGAUGAUCGCUCCCAGCAGUGGCGUUCACGUCGUUCUUCCCGACUACUACUCGCCCGAGUCUAUGGGGCUCAUUGUUCCCAAGACGAAAGAUGGCCGGGUGGUGUUUAUGCUGCCAUGA